AUGGCAGCUCUUCUACUAGGAGCUUUGCUGCUUAUUGUUCAACCUCAUAUAGUGCCUUCCAGACCAGCUGUAAUUUCUAAGGCUGAGGCCACUUCUCAAUCUGUUCAGAAAGAGCUUUUAAAGAAAACAGUUCUCAAAAAUGACUUCAAAGGAAACAUUCAUUUUAACGGAUCUUGCCAGCAGCUACCACAAACUAUCAUUAUUGGAGUAAGAAAAGGUGGAACAAGAGCCUUAUUAGAGAUGUUGAGUCUCCAUCCAGAUAUUGCAGCAGCAGAAAGUGAAGUCCAUUUCUUUGACUGGGAGGAUCAUUAUGGAAAUGGAUUGCAGUGGUAUAUGAAUCAAAUGCCAUUCUCUUAUCCCCAUCAGAUCACAGUGGAAAAAACCCCAGCCUAUUUCACUUCACCCAAAGUGCCUGAAAGAGUUUAUAACAUGAACCAGUCAAUGAGACUACUCCUUAUUUUAAGAGACCCAAGCGAGAGAGUACUAUCUGAUUACACCCAAGUGUUCUAUAAUCAUGUACAAAAGCACAAGCCGUAUCCAUCCAUUGAAGAAUUCCUGAUUAAAGAUGGUGAACUCAAUGUGGACUACAAGGCAAUAAACAGAAGCUUAUAUUACUUUCACAUGCAAAACUGGUUGAAGUAUUUUCCUCUUGAUUGCAUUCACAUUGUAGAUGGGGAUAAACUAAUCAAAGAUCCUUUCCCAGAAAUAGAGAAGGUAGAGAGGUUUCUAAGGUUGUCACCUCAAAUAAAUGCUUCAAACUUUUACUUCAAUAAAACGAAAGGCUUCUAUUGCCUAAGGGAUAGCGGUAGGGAACGUUGUUUACAUGAGUCAAAAGGAAGAGCACACCCUCAUGUAGAUUCUCAUUUACUUGAUAAACUGCAUGAAUAUUUUCAUGAACCUAAUAGGAAAUUCUUUGAGCUUGUUGACAGAACAUUUGACUGGCACUAA